AUGAAGUAUCUUCCGGUUCAAGAUUUCGAAGCCGUCACCAGCGCGCUCAACUUCAACACUCCCGACUGCAACGUUACUGGUGGCUGCGACCUGUACACAACAAAAUCCACCGGCUCCGACAAGAAAUUAUACAAAAACAUCGACAAGGAUCUCGACUCACAGCAUGCUGCCUUACUAAAACUUGGCGCUAGCCUAUCACCGCCAGAUCGUGAGCACAUGCUGGCUACGUCACCGAGUAUGCAAUUAUUUUCGACAUCGAGCGCUUUCGGGCCACUGUCAGAUCUAUCCAGUAGGAGGACUUUUGCCUAUCUGAUCGCAACACUAAAUGCCAGCCAUCCGCACUACGACUUCUCACACGUAUUGCGGCCGAAUGACUUCAAGCGCGAAAGGAAUUUGCGCCGUGUCAUGGCAAAUCUUGAUUCCAUCCUCCAAAACGUGCGACCCGGAUUCGAAGCGACAUCCUUUGACUCCUCUCUGGGAAGCGACUUGAAUUCAGUCUGGGGCACGCAAUGCUGGUCCUUGAUAGACAAAGAAAUGCGCCUCAAUGAGUGUACGAUAUUCAGUUAUCAACCCGACCCGGAUCCAUUUGAAGAAGACGAAAGCGCCAUCUGGGCAGUUCAUUACUUCUUUUUUAAUCGGGCGUUGAAGAGAGUGGCAUACCUCUAUGUGCGUGUGGUACCGGUUGUCUCAUCGACCAGCCCGACACUGCGACCUAUGCGGGUUGGCCAAGCCAAGAGAAACAUCGACUCUGACGCCGAAGGCGCGUCGAAACGAGCCAACUACUGGCUCGGUGAUAGACAUGUCGAACUGGUCAAUUCCCUCGAUGACGAAGAGGAGCAGAUGGAUGACGGACUUUUUUGGAACAGAGGAGAAGACGGUGAUUUAGUCUUGUACUCAGAAGACGAAUACUUGGAAGAGGCGGAUGAAGAUGACGACAUGGAUGAUGAGGACGAGCACAACACGCAUAUGAGGCACACGGAGAGAUUGAUGAGUGAGGAUAUUGCUGGGCGGAUGGAGAUUUAA